AUGUGGACAUCUUCAGGAUGCACAUCCCUCGUGGGUCUUCAGAAGCGGUUACCUCCUCGUGAUACCAGGGCUAGUCUAAAAUUGUUGAAAUUCAACUUGGGAUCUAUUCCUAUAAAAGCUAAGAUUUCUUGUAAGAAAGCAUCAGUUCAGUUUCUCAGAGCUUUCUCUAAGCAACAACAAGAACCACAUCUUCAGGUUAACCUCAAAAAAACACAUCAUUCAAAAUGGUUGCCAUUCGUUUUGUUCUCGCCAUCUUCUUCGUUGUUUCCAUCCUUGUGUUUGCCGUUGAGGCUGGAUACAAAAAACCACCCUUCAAUGGUAGCAUUUUUGGAAAACGAUCCAACUCCGAAUCUGAUGCCGAAGUAGUCAACCGUGCACUUUCGGCAAUGUGCGAAAUUGCCAGCGAAGCUUGCAACGCCUGGUUAUCCAGAUAAACAGGAAUAAUCAAUAACUAAUUAUAACUUGCUUCUAAUCAACAUGAUCUUCUUUAUGUAAAAAUCUGAAUAAAUGUAAUCAUCUACUAACACAAUA